AUGGCAACCACAUUGCAGGGAGGUGGUGGAGGUGCUGGCUCUUUUGUACAUACUGACUACUUCACAACAUCGACCGAGACUGAAGAAACUAGCUCGGAUGAUGCUCUUGCUUCGAUCAAAAUCAAAAUUAAGAAUGAACUUUUGAACUUCCUCUGCAUGAUGCAAUACAACCACAGACAGAAAGGAGUGAAGGUCUUUCUGCUCUAUUUAUUGUCAUAUGUUUGGAAUUUUUGGACUUGGAUAUGGGCACCCGUAUUGAGUGCAACCGAUUUUCAUUAUGCCCAAUGGGGAAGCUGGUUACUCAACUCCAUCAAUUACCCUGUAACCUUUUCGAUGGAGAUUAUGCCUUACAUGGGAUCCCUAUUUCUCGCUUGCUUUGUAAUUUUUCUCAUGUUUUCCCUUCUCACGAUCUAUACCUUGAGUUGGAGAGCCUCACGAGUCUCCUCUCGAUAUAUCAAAAUCUAUCAACUGGUGAUUUAUAUCAAAUCAUUUCUUGCGAUUCUUCUAACUGCACCAAGUACAUUUGUGAUGACUGCCUUUGUGGAUUGUAGUUAUGGUUCAAGUCCAAUUCGAGUACGGGAGGCCAUACUUGAUUUGGUCAGAACACAACAACAAGCUGUUGUCUCCACCAAUGUAACCUCUCCUUCUAACCUCUCAUUCAUGGGACCAGAGCACACGAUCAUGAAUUUCAUUGGAAAUAGUACAAUCCCUUCUUUGCAAUUUUCUUCACGGAAUGUCCUUAAUCGGUAUCCUGAAUAUGAAUGCUUUGGAUCUCAAAACACUGCCCUCUUUGCAAUGGUGAUUAUAUUCACUUUCGUGUACAUCUUUUUAGCUUUGCUCUCCACUUUUAUCAUUCCUAAUUCGCACCCUCGAAACGUUACACCGAUGAUCUUUGAUAGCUUACUCUUUCAGCCCAUCAUUGUCUUGGGAAAUAUAUUUUCAAUUCUCAUCCAUUAUGUAGUGCCUCCUCAUUUAGCCUAUGUUCGAUCGAUCAUUCAUCUCAUGAUUUCGGUGGGUGCCAUUGUGUUUGUUUUCAAAACUGUUCCAAUGAUGAGAAGAGUUGAAAAUACGGUAGUGAGUGGAGUGGUUUGUGCACGUUUGGGAACAAGUAUUGGAGGAAUGAUUUCGUUCUUUGUGAAUUCAACCGAUGACAAGGAAUUAGGAAUUGGAAUGGCUAUCCUGACAAUCAGCAUGACUGUUCUCUUUGCCUUAAUUGGCAGUCUCUCCAUGGAACUUUACACAAGAUUUGUCAUUAAUUACAUUAGAAAUAAGUACAUGAUUUUACAUGAAGGUAGCUCUGGAACUGUUGAAAAAGAAGCAUCUCUAAUAUACUCUAAAGUCGAUGAGGAUGAUAAUUUAAACAAAUUAGAAAUGUUUAUCAAGUUCACAAUGAUGAGAGUUGGAGCCAAGUUGGAUGAGCAAGAUCAUGACUUAACACAAUGCAUUGCAUUUAUAAGGGCUGCAUCCACUUCCAAGUCCUUUACAGAUUUUAACCUACUUGUUUUGUCCUCAAUAUUGAUUGUUUAUGUUUUGGAGGAUGAUCCCAACGCAAAUAUAUUCUCACAAGCGUUACUGAAGAGAGCAAUGAAACGAAGACCUAACAUUUAUAGAAGAAUUGUAAUCAAACAAAAGUUGAAAGAGUUUGAAGUUUAUAUCGUAGACGAGACCAAAACAUUGGGAAACACGAGUGAACUGAAGUCUGUGCUUGCUAAACUACAAAAAUCAACGCUUGAAUUGACGUCGUUGCAUCGUCACUUUUGGAAAGAAAUGACCAACGAGAUCAUUGACCACACCAAGAUUGAAAAAAUUAUAAUUCGCUGUUCCGCAUUAAUGAGCGAAUGUGAUGUAAUUUUCGGCCACCUUUUGUCAAUGUAUCACAAUGACAAGACAGUUCUGAGACAAUAUGCUCAAUAUAUUGAAUCCUUCAAGUUUAAUAAGGAACUAGCGAACGAGUAUUAUACUGAGGCGACAAGCUUGGAAGAAGAAGAAUUGCUACACCGCAGCCCAGUUCACAAAAGUAUUGUUUUAAAGAAAAACAAAAAUAGAAUUCAUCCAGACACAUCCGAUGAAAACAAUCCACAUGAACCAGAGGAAAAACCCAUUGAAUCUUUUGUUUCAUUAUUCAGUAACCCAAAGGAAAACAACGUUGACGUGGCAAGUGAAUCAAGUAAUGACAAUUUCAACGGAAUUGAAAGUGUCACUAAUGAAGCCAAGAGAGAGAUUGUUUUUAGAAAUUCGUUAAACACUCCUGCCCCAAGAUUGAUUCAAUUGACAGCUUUUUUCUUUUACAUUGCUUUUACAUUGGCACUCUUGGUGGUUGGAGUUGUCCUCUCUUAUAUAUUUUCAAUGGAUGCGACGAGGAAUGUCGUUCAUGUGGUCGACGCUUGUAGUCCAAUUUACGUGCCAACCAAUAUUCUUGUUGCACUCCGAGGAUAUCAAAUCUAUGCAAAAUCUGGUAUUAAUACCACCACUGCCUCUAAACUGAAAAAAACUCCACUCACUGAGCUCUUUAUGGACGUUAAAAGUAAUAAGAAAAUAAUUGAAACAUCACGACAAGUCUUAAUCACACUACAACAAAAAGCAUAUGACGCCAAAUUUGAGUAUACUAUAUAUUCAUCCUAUCAUGAAACUUAUUACCCAAUCAUCUUACCAAAAAUUGGAUCCUCUAAUGAAAAAUUAUACAACAUGAGCUCCAUUGAAAACGCCACCAUCACCAACAUUAAUAACUUGUUAAUUGAGAUUACAGACAAAAUAACAAGUAAUGAGGAGGCUAAUAGUUUAGAAACUUUUUCAAAUUAUGCCUUCAUGGUGAUAUACAGAAAUCAACAAACCUUCACUCAAGCUUACUCUAAUUUUUGCAGGGCGUUUAUAGAGCACGCAAAGAUGGAUGCUUUUCAAGUUAAUUAUAUUAUUACCAUCUACACAGCAGUAUCAUUAUCUAUAUUUUUUUUAUUCAGUUUACUGUAUUUACUGUAUGAGAGACUUGAGCUCACCAUGCUGCAUAAGCAAAUGAAUCUAUUGCACUCCAAUGUUGGCGAGGAAGUUUCCAUUCAUAUUUCCAAGAAUGCUUUUUUGAAACCUCAAAACUAUUAUCUCAUUGUUACAUCAUUAUUGACAGCGAUUGUCAUUAUUUGUGGUGCAGUUUUUUUGAACACUACUCUGGGAAACUCCUCCUAUUGUUUUGAAAGUUAUGUAACAAUGCAAGAUGCAUUUGAUAGUUUGACUUAUUUGCAAGAAACUUCGUUUUCAAUAUUUGAAGUAUAUGUGCACCGCGGAACAACGAUUGAUGGAAAUUUGCCCCUUCUCUCUCAUUAUGAUCUCUCAACCAUUAUUUCAAAUUUUGAAAAGUUGAUCUAUAAUUUUAGCAAAUUCUGGAAUUUGUGUAUGUUUGGAAGCUCAAAUAAGGCCUAUGAAACACUUGUAGUAGGAAUGUUUCCUUCAACAGAUCGACUGAUUCGAGGGGAGCUUAAUUGUACACUUGAGACAGUGGAGAAAACAUGGUCUUCUCUGAACAAUACUUCGUGUGAAAUUGGAAUUGAUUAUAUGGUGUCUUCCUUGAUUACAAAAGGAAGACAAGUGAUGGAGGAUGUGACCAUUGCAAGAACAAACAAUUUUGAGGACCAAGUCCGAAAAGUUUUUACAAUUGGAACUCUGUUGACUUUAAUCUCUGACAAAUUGGUGAAUUUCUCGGUCGUGUUUGCAGAGUACUCCUCUAAACCGCACAUUGAUGAUUUGGUGGUAUUUGCAAUUAUUGGAUUUAUAUCUUUGAUGUUUUUGGGGACUUUAAUGUUUCAAUCUCUUUCGAACCACUCAAAAACAUUAUUUGCAUUGAGGACCAUGUUCAAUUACUUGACGAUUGAAACCGUUGAAAGCAAUGACAAGUUGAAAAACUUUGUCCUCUAUCAUACCGUGGAAGAUGGACUUUCCAAGUUCUUUCAUUCCUCGUCGAAAUCAGAAAGCGAAGAUGCCAAACUCAUGUCCAUUAUUAAUGGAGCAGUGGAUGGUGUCGUAUUGUGCAAUUCAUCGAUGGGAAUCGAUGUGUUUAAUGCUGCUGCUCAAAGAAUGUUUGGUUAUCAAGCACAAGAUGUACUUGGUAAUAGCCUUCUUUCUCUUUUUGUGAAAGAUAAACAAGAUGAAAUUAAGAAAAUGAUUGAAUCCAUGAAAAAUCAAGUCACAGAAAGAGAUCCAAAAGGAGAAACCACAGAAGUGGAAUUACUUCGAAAAAAUCAUACUACCUUCCCUGGAAAUAUGAGUGUAUUUGUCACGCUUUUCCAAAAGAAACAUGUCAUUACAUGUUUUGUGAAGGAUAUUACACCCGAGAAGAAACACAAUGCUCUCUUGGCAGAGGAAAAGAAGAAUUCUGAAAAUUUAUUGUUGAACAUUUUACCAUCAGCUGUUGCAAAUCAACUGAAAUCAGGGGCCUCUUUGAUUGCUGAAAAGUUUCCAGAUGUCACUUGCUUUUUUAGUGAUAUGGUCGGAUUUACAAGUAUUUCAUCGAAAAUGUCUCCCAGUGAAUUGGUUCAAAUGUUGAACAUCAUUGUGAUUGGAUUUGACGACUUGACGGACAAGUAUCGACUUGAGAAGGUAAAAACAAUUGGAGACGCUUACUUUUGUGCUGGAGGAUUGCACAGCGAUGGAGGUCAAUCGGAUAGUCCUGAACGUAUGCUAAGGUUUGCCAUUGAUACUUUUACUGUUAUUCGAAACUAUAACGCUGCAAAUAGAAGAAACAAUAUUGAGGAGCAAGUAAAUAUUAGAGUAGGAAUUAAUACAGGAGCAAUUGUGGCAGGGGUUAUUGGUCGAAAAAAGUUUGCCUAUGACAUGUGGGGAGACACCAUCAAUGUUGCCUCAAGAAUGGAAUCGACAUCAAAACCAGGAAGAAUACAAAUUUCAAGAUCUGCCUACGAAAGAGUUUAUGAUCUUGGAUUUACUUUUGAAGAACGAAAAGUAGAAGUGAAAGGAAAAGGUUUGACACAAACAUACAUGCUUAACUCGAACCAUCAUGUAUCUGCAAUUCUCACAAAUGAAGAAAUGCAAGAUUUGAUCCAAGCUCAAAACCAAGACAUUUGCAACGCUGGUGAAGCAGACAGUCCAAAAGAAAAUGAAGAUGAGAAUUCUUCCGAUAAGUAUAACUCACAAGUCUAA